UUGUCGGUUGUCGAUUCGUCUGUGUAAUCUUUCUCAUAUCAUAAUUGUAAUAUCAUAAUAAAUCAGCGUUAAAAAAAAAAUUGCUAGGUGGAAUUAUAGAUGGGGCCUCUAUAAUCUAUUUUUAAUACGUUGUUUUAAGAGUCAAAGAAAACACGGUAUGUUUACGUGUGUAUAUAUAUGCCCUCGUGCACCUUAAAACUUACAAACCUGUAAAUCAUUUUGUACAUUUCACCAUUUGUUCUAACACUCUCUCUCUCAAGUCUGAUCUUUCGAAGCAGAUCUUUUAAGUUUGUUACAACUCGUUGAGGUGCUUUUACAAAAGGACAAAUCAAUAAAACAUAUAUUUUUUUCUCCCACCCAAAAGUCAAAAUACAUCAUGAAGUUCUCAAUCUCAGCAAUGAAGCAGGUACAACCAAUCUUAAGCUUCAAGAACAAACUCUCGAUGGUCAACGUCAAUUCUUUCCUCCGUCCCCAAGAAAAAGUCGUCUUCGUGAUGGGAGCCACUGGUUCCGGUAAGUCCCGGCUCGCCAUCGACCUAGCAACUAGGUUUCAGACAGAGAUCAUAAACUCCGACAAGAUCCAAGUUUACAAGGGCCUCGACGUCCUUACAAAUAAAGUAACACCUCAAGAAUGCCGAGGCGUGCCUCACCACUUGCUCGGAGUGUUUGACUCCGAAGCUGGCAACCUAACGGCCACCGACUUCUGCCGCCUUGCGUCACAAGAAAUCUCAACACUCUCGGCUAACAACAAGCUUCCUAUCGUAGCCGGUGGAUCAAACUCAUACAUCGAAGCACUUGCGAAUCAUUCGUCUGGAUUCUUGUUAAACAAGUACCAAUGCUGUUUUAUUUGGGUCGACGUUUCCUUACCGGUUCUUAACUCAUUCGUCUCAAAACGUGUCGAUCGCAUGAUGGAAGCAGGAUUACUCGAGGAAGUAAGAGAAGUACACGAUCCGAAAGCUGAUUAUUCUGUCGGGAUACGACGAGCUAUCGGUGUCCCCGAGCUUCACGAGUACUUAUGCUACGAAUCUCUAGUGGACCGUGGUACACAGAGAAAGAUGCUUGACGCAGCGGUUAAAAAGAUUAAAGAGAACACAGAGAUUCUAGCUUGUCGACAGUUACUUAAAAUUCAACGUCUGAGCAAGAAGUGGAAGUUGUCUAUGCACCGCGUGGACGCAACGGAAGUGUUCUUGAAACGUACCGAGGAAGAAGCAGACGAGGCUUGGGAGAAUCUAGUAGCGAGACAGACCAAGAGAAUAGUUGAUAAGUUCUGCGAUAACCAAGUGAUGAAAAAUGAUGAUGUUGAGCACUGUUUGACCUCCAUUGGAGCGGCGUCUUACGGCGGAGGAAGUGGAAGUAGGGCUCACAAUAUGGUAUGAGAAGGUUUUGUCUUUUGGUCGUGUGAUGGUUUUUGGAGUGUAAAAGUGAGAUUUUCGUAUGUGUGUGUGGUGGUGAUUCGCCGGAGGUUUUUUGCAACGUACAGGUGUGUGACAUAUAGUACCUCGGGAACCAAAUAACGAAAAGCUGUUUUUUUUUCUUCUGUUUUUAAUGUUUGUAUAGUUGAUAUUCGCUUAUAUUAAUUGUUUGAUACCCCUAUUUGACUACGAGCUCACGAUAACCGAAAGUUAUCAUUCCUUGUGCCACGAUAUCAAACUUAUGUGUAUCGUUUAAUAUAAAAGCAAUAUUUUAAUUUGCUUUUUGCUGUUUUUGGUA